AUGGCGUCGGUGUGGCUGGAGCACGAGACGCAGAUCUUCCUGGACCUUUUCCACCAGGACGGGCUGGUGAUCUGUGCCCGGGGGCUGGGCAUCGACCGCCUCCUCCUGCGCUUCCUCCGCCUCCACUGCGUGCCCACCGGCUUGGUCUUGGUCCUGAACACCAGCCCUGCAGAGGAGGAGUUCUUUAUUGACCAGUUGAGGACGUACAACGUGGCUCAGCUUCCUCGGCGCAUUACAAACGAAAUCCCUAGCCACAGCCGCUAUGAAGUGUACAUGCAAGGGGGAGUCGUAUUUGCCACGAGCCGGAUCCUUGUGGUGGAUUUUCUGACAAGCAGAAUUCCUUCCGAUCUUAUCACUGGCAUCCUUGUGUACAAAGCCCACAGAAUCAUUGAGUCUUGCCAGGAGGCCUUUAUUUUGCGGCUCUAUCGGCAGAAGAACAAGCAAGGCUUCAUUAAAGCCUUCUCUGACAAUGCCGUCUCCUUCAGCACCGGCUUUUGCCACGUGGAAAGAGUGAUGAGAAACCUCUUUGUCAGGAAGCUUUACCUGUGGCCAAGGUUUCACGUGGCAGUGCACUCCUUUUUAGAGCAACACAAGCCCGAAGUGGUGGAAUUGCACGUGAGCAUGACCCCAGCCAUGCGGGCCAUCCAGAGUUCGAUACUGGACAUCCUAAAUGCCUGUUUGAGAGAGUUAAAGCACUGUAACCCUGCCUUAGAAGUGGAGGAUCUAUCGCUGGAAAAUGCCAUCGGCAAGGCUUUCGACAAGACGAUUCGUCACUAUCUGGACCCUCUUUGGCACCAGCUGGGAGCCAAGACCAAAUCGUUGGUCCAAGAUUUGAAGAUUCUUCGGACUUUGCUGCAGUACUUAACGCAGUAUGACUGUAUCACCUUUCUUAACCUUUUGGAAUCCUUAAGAGCCUCGGAAAAAGCCUUUGGUCAGAAUUCAGGCUGGCUUUUUCUUGAUUCUAGUACUUCCAUGUUCCUAAACGCUCGGGCCCGAGUUUACCGCCUUCCAGAAAACAAGGAAAAGAAGAAAAGAAAGGAUUCUGGAAAAGCAGAUGUUGAGGAAGAAAAAGGGCAGAAAAGGGAAUUGGUCUUGGAAAGCAAUCCGAAGUGGGAAGCCCUGAGCGAGGUGCUCAAGGAGAUCGAGACGGAGAACAGCAACAGCGACGCUCUCGGUGGGCCGGGACGAACGCUUAUCUGCGCGGGGGACGACCAGACAUGCGGUCAACUGAAGGAAUGUAUCACUGCUGGGGCUGACGCCUUCCUAAUGAGACUCUACCACAAAACCUUUGGGAAGGACAAGGAAGUCAAAGAAGCGUUCCUGAAGGACCGGAAGGUGGCCGAGUACCAGGGCAGGGAUGCCGGAGAGCCUUGGCCCAAAAAGGCCAAAAAGAAGUCUUUGAAGCCGAAGAAAAGCAAGAGGAAGCGAGAGCUGACCCUCACGCAGAUGGUGGGCAAGUGCGAGCAGGAGACCCCGGGGGAGCGAGAACCCUACGAAGAGGUCAGCAGCGGCCAGGAGAGCGGUGGGGAAGCCGGACCCGAAGACUUCUCACCGGACCUGCCCUCGGAAUCUUGUUACGGGAUCUUGAGGGAGCCGCUGACUGUCAUCCACCCCUUGAAUGGCUGCGGCGACCCCUACGCCCUCACGCGUGUCUUGCACGAGGUGGACCCCAGGUACGUCGUCUUGUACGACGCGGAGCUGACUUUCGUCCGCCAGCUGGAGGUUUACAAGGCCGGCAGGCCUGGGAAGCCAUUGAGGGUUUACUUCCUUAUAUAUGGAGGGUCGACGGAGGAGCAGCGCUAUCUGACCACUCUAAGGAAGGAAAAGGAAGCGUUCGAGAAACUCAUUCGAGAGAAGGCCAGCAUGGUCAUCCCCGAAGAACGAGAAGGGAGAGACGAGACCAAUUUGGAUCUAGUAAGGGACGCUACUCCCGCUGCCGCUUCCACCGAUACACGCAAAGCAGGGGGCCAGGACCAGAAAGGCGUCCAGCACAGCAUCGUGGUGGACAUGCGUGAAUUCCGCAGCGAGCUUCCCUCUCUGAUUCACCGCCGGGGCAUCGACAUCGACCCUGUGACCUUGGAGGUGGGCGACUACAUCCUGACACCCGACAUCUGCGUGGAGCGCAAGAGCAUCAGCGAUCUGAUCGGCUCCCUGAAUAACGGGAGGCUCUAUGGCCAGUGCGUCUCCAUGUGCCGCUAUUACAAGCGCCCCGUCCUCCUCAUCGAGUUCGACCCCAGCAAGUCCUUCUCUCUCGCCUCACGGGCCUCCCUCCACCAGGAGAUCUCCAGUAACGACGUCACUUCCAAACUGGCCCUGCUGACCCUUCACUUCCCUCGGCUCCGGCUCCUCUGGUGCCCGUCGCCUUACACCACCGCAGAACUGUUCGAGGAGCUGAAACGGAACCGGCCCCAGCCCGACCCGUCGACGGCCGCGGCUGUCACGGCGGACUCUGAAAGCCUCCCUGAGUCAGACAGAUACAACCCGGGCCCCCAGGACUUCUUGCUAAAAAUGCCAGGGGUGAAUGCCAAAAACUGCCAGGCGAUAAUGAACCACGUCAGGAGCCUGGCAGAGCUCAUCACUCUGUCUCAGGAGAAGCUGGCAGAACUGCUGGGCAAUGCCAUCAGUGCCAAGCAGCUCUAUGAGUUCGUUCACGUGCCAUACACAGGCGCUGUUUCUCAAGGGAAAACCAAGAGGUGA